AUGGCUCGUAACAUGGGCAUUCUGCCCACGUUUCGAUGCUCCAUCGGAUGGGUGCGGCGUGCGUUGCGGCGCCAGGGGGUGAGGUGCCGUGCAUCGGUCGGCGAGGCGGGCAGCGCGGACCAUGCCGCAGUGCGCGACUGCCAGGAGAAGCUCCCCCGACUUCUCAUGCAUCUCUCAGCCCGUCCGCGCGACACGUACAACCUCGACGAAACCGCGCUGUGGCUAUCCGUGCUCCCGCGGCGUACUUACAGCAACGGCCGUAUUCCAGGGCGAAAGGUGUUGAAGGAACGCCUUACCGCUGCGUUUCUCAUCAAUGCCGACGGGAGCCACGCGUUCCGCCCGUUGCUCAACGCGGCCAUGUAUGCGGAGGGCCGCCACAUUGUCAUUCUGCUCGACAGCGCCAGCUCGCACAUGCUAAGGAGCGAGUUUGCGUGGAGCGAAAUCGUGUGCGGCAUGCGCACGACCUGCAUGAGCAACGUGCGCCUGGUCUUCGUGCCGCCUAACACGACGACCUUCACCCAGCCCCUUGACCAGGGAACUAUUGCAACUGCCAAGGCGCGCUACCGCCAGCACUGGUUGCGGGCCUUCACGGCUCUGUGGAACGCGGACGGGGCCACAAGCGCCGCCGCGCGGUUUCGCCCGAACCUUCGCGACGUGCUGGCGUGGCUCUCGGACGCGUGGACCGGUGUCGGUGCGCGCACCAUCCAGUGGUGCUGGUGGCGCACGGGGUGCCUCCCGCGUUCGUGGGCCAUGGAGCUGCCGCACGUGCAUGGCGACAAGCCCACCCCGUCCGCCUAUCCCGACAUCGAGCUUGAUGAUGAGAUAGGCGACGUCGGGACUCUCAUCUCUGGGCUUGGUCUCGGGCAUGGCGCGAGGUCCGCGGCUGAGUACGUCGCCAUCGACGACGGUGAGCCGACGUGCGCCGAGCACGCGGCGGAUCUGAUGACGAAUGAGCCGGGUGCGGGCAUGGAGGUGGAAAUGUGGGAGGCGCCCACCACCAUGCAGGCCGUAUAUGAGGAUGCCGAUCCCGUGGGCCGUGAAGCGCGACGCACGGCUCGGGCGGCGUGCGAGAUGCUCAUUGGCUAUGUGCGCGCCAUCAGCAUCCAACCGCGCGACCUGUGCCACCUUUUCGACAUCCACAACCCGGUCAUCAUUGCGCGCAUGGAGCGGGCGAGCCCGCCCAUUAAUCUGAACGUGACGCCGCCGGCCGCGCGCACCCCAGGCGCAACACCCACGCCCGACACCCCGCGUCCGCGCGGCCGAGUGCUGCCUGGGUGGAUGACCCAGCCUUCCCGCCGUCAGCAGCUGCUGGACGCCGGUGUUGGCGCCGUGAUGGGCGGGUAUACAGACGCGGCGGAGUGGAUGCAUCUGUGA